AUGAGUAUAGAUGAAGGAUCACAAAAUCUGUUAAUAUUUGGUAAAAAUUCUUUAGUGAAUCUAGAUAUAAUCAUAGAAGAGAACUCUGAAUCUGGCAUACCUGACUCUACUACAAGUAAUUUAUUAUCUAAGCAUAUUAGUGAACCAACAGAUAAAAUAUCAAAAUCACAUAUAUUAAAAGAUCUUAUAAAAGAAUUAUCUACCAAACCUGAAGCUCUACAAGAUUCUGUAAUUAGAAAAGAAAAUACUGUUAAUUUUAAUGAUUUGUAUAAUAAUAUAAUUUAUGCAGAAACUCAAAAUGAAAUUAUAAAUUAA